CCAAAUCGGAGAGAUGUUCACGCUACUUGCCUGGCCUCCACGACGCCAGCAAGAGAGCACGGUGCUGGAUGACACUUCACUUCUCCUGCGGAGGCGUGCCAUUGCGUAGUCGUGUCGUUUCGCCCUCCUGCAACUAACCUGCCCCCUUACCGUGUGCCAGCAACAGCACUUGUCCGACACAUAGCGACACAAAGAACGGUGAAGAACUCGACCCCCCAGAAAGACCCGUUGUGCAGUACAGUCAGUCUCCCUGCAAAAAGACCCUCUACACACUAUAUUCAUACUCGUUUGCCCUUGCUCCGCCUAACCCUAAACGAGCAGCAAUAACCAGAGAACACCAGUCUGGAACAGAACCAACGUCUAACAGCAACACGCAAUGUCACCAUCUUCUCCUGUGAUCAAAGCAGAGCCCUUCCCUGCCCCUCCUUCGAGUCCUGAAAAAUUAGCUCUCUCCCCAACGACAUCCCAUGCCCAAGACAAGGGCCACAGGCGUAGAAGAUCGUCGUCCUUGAUCUCCAAAGUCGAGCCGGAAACGUUUGAAACGAAGCAGGACCAGGACGUCAUGGACAACAUGAACGCCAACUGGGUGCACUUCAAAGGCGCAUGGAUCAUUCAUAUUGUCGUGAUCAUGAUGUUGAAGUUCUUCUACGAUUUGAUGCCUAUAUUCAGCAAUGAGGUGAGCUGGACCUUGACCAACGUGACCUACGUCAUCGGGUCCUACAUAAUGUUCCACCAGGUCAAGGGCACGCCAUUCGAUUUCAACAACGGCGCGUUUGACAACUUGAACAUGUGGGAACAAAUCGACAACGGGGCCCAGUUCACCCCUGUCAAGAAGUUUUUGUUGGGCGUUCCAAUCUGCUUGUUCUUGAUAUCCACACACUACUCCAACUACGAUCUCACCUUGUUUGUCAUAAAUUUGAUUGCAUGCUUGAUUGUGGUGAUUCCAAAGUUGCCUUCGAGUCAUAGACUCAGAAUCAACAUUCCGUACAUCACUGACCAACAGAUUGUCCAGGGAAUAUAAUAGUUAUCACAGUACAAGCUGAUAAUCUAAUUGUGCCACGAUUAUAUCAUAAUAAUACAGUCACCAUAAUACAACCUACUUUAAUCUAAUCGAACCUAAUAUUGCGUCCUUAUCAUCUCAACAAGAUCGAUUAACAUAUAGUACAAUGCAUUACAUUACAAAAUAGGAAGCAACAAUCAUUAUAAAAGAUAAAGAUACUCGAAGGUAUCCAUAUCAAUCACCCCUGUUGAGCUCUUCGGCUCCAACAGCUCUUAUCCGACCUGAUCUACUCAAAUGUUUUUUAUUCCUCUCCCCUUCCUCUUCUUCUCCUACUAGUUUUAUUUCUCAGGUUUUGAUUUCAUUUCUUUUUAAUGAUGCAGCCUUCCCUCUUCACGAGCAAGGCCUUCAUUUGGUCAACCUCUUAUUUAGUUAACAAAUUAGUUUGUCGAAUUAUGUGUAGCAAACAAACAAUUAAAUACAGUAAGUGUCAUU